GGGGAGAAGAGGUACAGGGUCGAAGACCGACAGAUGAAAGGGCCACUCACUAGCGAGAGGGAGAAGUGCGAGUAAAGCGACCAGACACCAUGUGGACAGGGGGAGGAGAGAGCGCAGAGGAGGCGCGCGAAGGCUGAACGCCCCGCAUCCCGACAGACCCCAGAUCGCAGGAGACGAGCCCGCGCCGAGGGGCGUCCGCGGGCCAGGCGGUGCGGGACGCGUGCGGUCCGAGGGCAGAUCGGGGGUCUCACGUGCCCCUGUCCGCAGCCGCCCGCGAUGAGCGAGGCGAGCCGGGUGUGCGCGGGCUACUACAGCCUCAACCACAGCUUCGUGGAGCCCUUCGAGUGUCCCCGGAGCGGCGAGGGGGCCGCCCUUCUCUACUGCUGCGGCUUCGCCGACCUCAAGUACUGCUGCAGCGAGCCGGGCAGCUACUUCCCCUACAAGCACAGCUAUAUGUGGAGCCUCAGCAUCGGUGCCCUAGUUGGCCUGGGAACUGCUGCCCUUGUUCUACUUGCCUUUGUCAUCAGUGUCUGUGUCCUUUGCUACUUAUUUCUGUACACAAAGCCCCGAAGAUUAGACACUGGCCUUAAACUUCAACACCUAGAGGCUUCUACCACUCAAGAAGGCAACCCAAACAGGAAAGCCAAUGCCCCCAAUUCAAAUGCAGCAUCAAAUUCGACAAUUGAAACAUCCUAUGAAGCUGAUGACAUGAAUCAAGAGCCACCGAUGGAGAUGACACAAAUCAGCACUGUGUAUUAUUAAAAAGCCUGUGCUGUAAAAGCUCACUGGAGGGACAGAGCAAAUAAAAAUAAAGAAUGCAUUUCAAAUACAGUUCAUAAUAAUACUUCUCAAAAAUUCAUCAUGCACAAAGCAAGACGCAGCUGCGCUUUUGAUUUUUCAGUUAAUUUAUUAAAAACCCACUAAGGUUUCUGAUCAUGUGCAGAGAAGUUUACUUUUAUUUGCUAAUUAAGAUGUUCCUGCAGUACAUGAAAUUAUGCUAACACUUCUGGAGAAAUUAAGGAACUUAAGAUAACAAAGACAAGCAAACCUAUGCCAGUGUGGAACAAUGGGAAAUUUAUGUCACAUUAGCAACAUUACACAAGUCUUUGGAUACUUAGCGGCAGUUCGUUUCAUGAGAUGGUACUGGAUACGUAAAUCUCGGAGGGAAUGGUCUUGUAAAAUAGAGGUGGCAUGUUUUUAAGUCUCUUAGACAUGAACCCCUUGCCUUUUUCAGAGGGUUUGUGGGGCGCACAAUGAAUGUAUUGCUUUUAUAAAAGCUAACAUUCGAGAACAGAGUAUGUCACAAUAUAUGAUCUUAAUAAUAAAUAUUUUCAGCUUACCAAGGGAUAACCGUAACACGAAUCCUUCACUGAUAGAGUUCCUAAGGAACUUCUAUAAUGAAAGUUAUCAAACACACAAGUCCUCUGGUUCCACCUAAGCUACUGCAAUAAUACCACAUAGACAUCUAGAAAUAAAACUACAGUUUCUGCAAAUUACAAUUGUCUUAAAAGAUUUUUUAUGCAUAAGUAUGAUUUCUAUUGUAAGAACACAGGCCUGGUGUCUGAAGGAAUGCACUAAGAAAAAAGGAUUAAUUUUCAGCUGGCUCUGCUGAACACAUGUACUGUGCGGUGUAAAGUUAUGGAGUUGGAAGACUAGCCUUUCACAGUGUGUCAGACACAGCUUCUCUGGUCUGAGAGGGGGAAAAAAAAAAAAAAAAAAGGAAAGCCCUAUUGCACUUGGGCAUGCAAGGCUAAGGGUUAGAAACUUGGGACAAUUAGGCUGUCAAAAAUUUUACCAAGAACUGGGGAUAUCUUCUGGACCAGCACUGUGCAGCAGAAGUUUCUGUGAUGAUGGAAAUGUUCUGUGUCUGCCCUGCUCAUAGUAGCCACCAGUCAUCUGUGGCAACUGGGCACUUAAGAUGUCUCUAGAGCAAAUGAAGGAUACCUUUUAUUUUAUUUAAUUAAUCCAAAUUUAAAUAGCUACAUGGGGCUAUACUGAGAACAUAGUUCCAGAUCAUUAUUGACACAUCUGCUGCCUAUGUUGAUUUCAUUUUGGCUAUCUUGAUACACAAAUAAUAAUCAUAGUACUAUAGAUGUUGCCUCAAGUAAAAACCUAGGUUGAGAAAGUUUAGUUAAGGCAGGGGUACAGUUCUACUUUUGUUGUUCAAGGGCAAACGCAGAAGCCAUGAAUGAAACAAGAAGCAGACAAAUUGGUCAAGGCCAGCACAACGCUCACGGUCUCCCAAACUCCUCUUGACCUGUGAGACAUACAGGAGCUGGCCGUGGCUGGAUGUGUCCUGACUUGUGCCCCUGGAAAGGCAUCCCAAUUCUCUGGCAUUCUGCACAUUUUUAAAAAAGUUGGGAGGCAACAAAUGAUGGUCAGAAGACCCUGGGUUUUGUGUGAUUACAAUUGUGCUGGCUUAAGAAGCGUACUCUCCUUGGUUGCCAACUGCCCAGGGAGAUUGAAUCUCAGCACUGGUACUAGUUAUAGUCCCUGCCAAGCCAGGUCACCUGAGGGAGAGCCACAGGGCUCAACCAGUGGACCAAUUGGUAUGUGUCUCUGUUGCUUUGAAGCAGUUGGUGCUUCACACAUUGAGACAAAAUAUUAAGCAAGACAUCUUAUCAAAUCACAGCCGAGUCUAUACAAUGAAAAAUAUACUUUAGAUGAUUUAUUUGGGUGUCACUAACCUAGUGACAGAAUUUAAAUCAGUCACAAAUAAUCUAAAAAUGUAAAACACAUUUCAAAGUAUGUACUUAUGCAUGUAAUUCUGGGGACGUGUCUGAUAAAGAACACAGUAGCUUUAUGUGUUUUUAGAAGACUUAAGUCACUGGAAUUUUUGGUAAUAAUCAAAUCUUAGAAAGAAAAGUGGGUCUAGAAGAAGAGUAGAAAUAACAGGACAUAAGAGGCUCAAAUUAUUUUCUAUGUGGUCUUCUUAUGAGAGCAAUUUCAUCUUUGAAAAAAAUUGUUUAAUAGGAUUUCGAAGUGGAUGAAACCAAACCCCAAUAAAGGCCGUAUCUUUCCUUAAAACUCUCUCAUGGUGUCUCAUUGCUUACAGAUUAAAGUUCAAGCUUCCAAACACGGAACAUAAGACUUCGUUCUCUUGUUCCUGAGAACCUAGAAUGGUAGUCUCAAUUCUUACCACAUCCUGCCUUACAUAAUGCUUGUAAUUCUUGACACACACACAAGUUUUUUUUACUGUGAUCUUUGUUCACGGUACCCACUCGUCCGUAACUGCCAUGAGUUCUAUCUUAAGUCUCCAUCAAAAUCCAAGUCAGCCAUCAUUUCUUUAGGUAGCCUUUUCUCACUUCUCCAGACUAAGUUAAGUAUCCUUCUGUGUUUUUAUGAACGCAUGUUCAGGUCAAUCACUGGAUUUAUUAUACACUGAUGUGUUCUGUUGUUUCUCCCACCAACUAAACUAUGAACCCCUUCAGGGAAGCAAGUGAGUCUUAUUAAUCUCUGUA